CCGCCCAAGAGCCUGUGGCGCACCAUUGCGGCGGUGGUGCUGGGCGGCCAAGCGCUAGUGCGCAUCCUGCAGGGCAAGAUCCACUGGAAGAACACGCUGGACCAGCUCAACAUGGUGGGGCCGCGCUCGCUGGGCGUCUGCCUGCUCACAGCCGCCUUUGUCGGCAUGGUCUUCACAAUCCAGUUCAUCAGAGAGUUUGCCAAGCUGGGGCUGACGCGGUCGGUGGGCGGCGUGCUGGCGCUGGCGCUGUCCCGCGAGCUGACGCCUGUGGUCACCUCCAUUAUUGUGGCGGGACGCGUGGGAUCCGCCUUUGCCGCAGAGCUGGGAACGAUGCAGGUGUCGGAGCAGACCGACUCGCUACGCGUGCUGGGCUCAGACCCGGUUGAUUACCUCAUCACGCCCCGCGUGAUGGCCUGCAUGGUCGCGGGCCCCAUCCUCAACCUGCUCUGCUUCUGCAUGGGCAUGGGCGCCAGCGUGCUUCUUGCGGACACUGUGUACAAUGUGAGCUGCAACGUCAUCCUGGAUUCCGCCAUGCGCGCCAUCAGCUCCUGGGACGUCAUCACUUCCAUGAUCAAGUGCUGGGUGUUUGGCACCAUCAUCGCCACGGUGAGCUGCGCCUGGGGCUAUACGACCACGGGCGGCGCCAAGGGCGUGGGCGAGAGCACCACCUCGGCCGUCGUCAUCUCCCUGGUCCUCAUCUUCGUGUUCGACUUCGCCCUCAGCCUGCUUUUCUUUUCUGGACAAGGCGACGCCCUUAAAGCCUGCGUG